AUGUUUACUUCCGAAUUCAUGACUAAAUUUCAAACAUUAUGGAAUCAAGAUGAAACGAUUCCAUCCACUCUCAAAUCCAUCAAUUUCUCGGCCAAUGUUGGUUAUGGAAUUAAAAGAGAGGAUCAACCAAAGACUGUUUUAAUUAUUAAGGAAGGAAGUGUGGUGGAUGCCAAAGUUUAUGAAGGAGAGGAAUUGGAUUGGGAUAUUAGAUGUUCUGAGGAUAAUUGGAAACAUUAUAUGGUGAAGGGAAUGGGAAUGUCACAACUCGCUUCAGGAUAUGCUAUGGGUUGGCUUAAAUUUAUUAAAGGAGAUUACUUUAGCAUGAUUAAGAAUCCAAGAAUGAUUGGACCAUUCAUUAAGAGUUUUGAAUUGAUGAGCAAGGUAUAUACAGAACUGAAUCAAUAA